AUGGAGGACGUGGAGGCGCGCUUCGCUCACCUCCUGCAGCCCAUCCGCGACCUCACCAAGAACUGGGAGGUGGAUGUGGCGGCCCAGCUGGGCGAAUAUCUGGAGGAGCUGGACCAGAUCUGCAUUUCUUUUGACGAAGGCAAAACCACAAUGAACUUCAUUGAGGCAGCACUGCUGAUCCAGGGCUCCGCUUGUGUCUACAGUAAGAAGGUGGAAUAUCUCUACUCGCUGGUCUACCAGGCUCUUGAUUUCAUCUCUGGCAAGAAGCGGGCCAAGCAGCUCUCCUGUGAGCGGGAAGACGGGCCCAUUGGGGAUGCCGGCUCCAGGGCCCCCCAGGAAGUGGAGUAUGAGUUCCUGUCAUUGGACGACCUCUCGGAUUCCCGUGCUAACGUGGAUCUGAGGAGUGACCAGGCCCCCAGUGAGACCCUCAUCGUGCCCCUGCUGCCCAUGGCCCUGGUAGCCCCUGAUGAGAUGGAGAAGCAUAAUAACCCCCUGUACAGCUGUCAGGGGGAGGUCCUGGCCAGCCGGAAGGAUUUUAGGAUGAAUACGUGCACCCCCCACCCCAGAGGAGCCUUCAUGUUGGAGCCGGUGGGCAUGUCCCCCACGGAGGCACUGCUGCCGAGGAACCAGAAGGAGGCCUCUGGGAGGGCUGAGGAGCAGCCAGUGGAAGUCUCUGUGCGCAGGAGUCCAGUCCCGCUGCUCAGAGCCUCCCAGGAGCCAGGCACCACUCCAGAAGGCCCAGUGCCCGGAGGUGGGGGUGAGGAAGAGGAUACAGAGUGGGCAGCAGAGCCCCCCGAGGCCUCAGCCCCUGAGGUCCCGAUGGAGCCGCAGGAGCCCAGGAGCCCAGAGCAGAGUGCGGCCCAGCCCAGGAGGUGUGCGCUACGGGAGCGAAGGGAGGCCCUGGAGCCUGCGUCCCGGCUGCAGGAGACCCCAGACCCCUGGCAGGGCCUGGACCCCUUCGACUCCCUGGACUCUAAGCCCUUCAGGAAAGGUAGGCCCUACUCUGUGCCCCCCUGUGUGGAGGAGGCUCCAGGACAGAAGCGUAAGAGGAAGGGUGCUGUCAAGCUGCAGGACUUCCACCAGUGGUACCUGGCUGCCUAUGCUGACCAUGCUGACAGCAGGAGGCCCCGGCGAAAGGGCCCUUCCUUUGCAGACAUGGAGGUCCUGUACUGGAGACACGUGAGGGAGCAGCUGGAGACCCUCCGGAAGCUGCGGAGGAGGGAGGCGGCUGAGCGGUGGCUGCCGAGGGCUCAGGAGGAACCGUGGCCCGCGGAGGAGGACCGGCUGGAAGACUCCCUGGAGGAUCUGGGAGCGGCAGGUGACUUUCUAGAGCCCGAGGAGUACGCAGAGCCUGAGGGGGCCGAGCCUGGGGAAGACGCAGACCUGGAGGCGGAAGCCAUGCCGGCCUCCCUAAGCUACGAGGAGCUGGUCCGAAGGAACGUGGAGCUCUUCAUCGCCACCUCGCAGAAGUUCGUCCAGGAGACAGAGCUGAGCCAGCGCAUCAGGGACUGGGAGGACGUCAUCCAGCCCCUGCUCCAGGAGCAGGAGCAGCAUGUGCCCUUUGACAUCCACACUUACGGGGACCAGGUAGUCUCAAGGUUCAGCCAACUCAACCAGUGGUGUCCCUUUGCGGAGUUGGUGGCUGGCCAGCCUGCCUUCGAGGUGUGUCGUUCCAUGCUGGCCUCCCUGCAGCUGGCUAAUGACUACACAGUGGAGAUCACCCAGCAGCCUGGGCUAGAGGCGGCGGUGGAUACCAUGUCCCUGAGACUGCUCACGUACCAGCGGGCCCACAAGCGCUUCCAGACCUAUGCUGCCCCCUCCAUGGUCGCCCUGAGUGGGGAGCACUGA